CUGUCUUUCUUGUCAAAGUUUAAAAAACAAGAAUUCAAACUGCAACGGCGAUUAACUACAUUUUUAAAACAUCUGUUAUGAAAUUGUUUGUUUAUUUGUUCUUACCUAAACCUUACAAAUAGUGAAAGUGAGGGAUUAAUGAAAUCCUAGUGAUAUAAAUUGUUCUUCAACAUGUUACAGAAAUGGAAAGACAUACUCACAAACUGGAUAAACUGCUACUUCAGCGAUUCCGAUUCAAGAGAGGAGCGUGUAACUGCAGAAUCGUUGCUCAACAUCAUAUCGCAUUUACGCGAAAAUCUCAAUUUGGACGAAUCAAAGUCUUCGAUACUCGAAGCGCAUACGAUCGAGGAGUUUGUGCGGGAGAAAUACCCUGAUUUUCAGUUCAACAGUGGCUCUGUAGAAGCUUCGAAUGAGGACGAGCUGUGCUUGACCGCGUCCCUGCUCCUGUACUUUGUAUGUGUGAACUCUAAGGACGUGAACAUAAAGCACGCUAUGUGCAGCCAACUGGGCAGCGAAGAUCAGGAGGUCAUACUGAAGUUCAGUAAAUGUUUGAUGGAGUGUGCCCCGGUAACUUACAAAGAUGUCCAAGCAGCUAUUACUGAAGCCUGCGGUCAAGACCUGGCAGCUACCGGUCCGAGCGGCUCACGAAUGGUGUCUGAGACACCUCCAGCGCUUCGUUCUCUUCAUGGAGAAGUGCGACGCCUGCAAGCUGCAUUGGACGCUGAGCGGUUUGACCGCAACUACCUUCAAGAAGAACUGGCUCGGACUAAUUUAAGGGUGGAGACUUUAGUAAAAGACAAAGAACAAUACAAGCUGGAGAUAGUGAACCUCAAAUCGAAGAUAUUCUUAUGCUGUGGGCAAGAAUCGGACGCCCGGGGCGGUGAUGCAGGCUCUGACGGCGUCUCCAAGCUGACUCGCCAGCUUGAGGAGAUGGAGGAGCGAUUGGUGCAUACUCAAGGGCAGCUGGAUGACGCGCAGUACGAAAGGGACGCUUAUAAAGCCAAGAUUACCGAACUCAAACAAGAGCGCGACAAGUGGCUGUCCCUCAGUCAGCAGGAGAGCGCCCGAGCCAGCCAGCUGUGCGACGAGCUGGAGGCCGAACGGGGCCGCGCGCAGUCGCUGCGAGAAUUGCUGGCCGAGCUGAAGGAGCAUCAGCAGCUUAACCGGCUUGAUUCCAGCCAGCUGGAGUGCGACGACCCGGAUGCCAGUAUGCACUCGCUGCACCACAAUUUGUCUGUUUGUAGCGAAGCAUGCGCUAACGUAGUGGAGGUACAACUCGGCGAAGAAAGAGCCAAAAUUGUGGUGCUCAAACAACAAAUACAACAUUUGCAGGACCAACUAAACGAUUUGACACAGAAAACCGAAUCCGAAAAACAAUCCCUAGAAAGAGUGCUCUCUGAAAGAGAAAACGACAUCUUCAAUUUAAAACACAGAAUCAACGAAGAGAUAGAAGAGAAAAAUAACAUGUCCAUACAUUACAGUAUUGAAAUGACAAAAUUAAAUAACGACAUAAACGAAUUGGAACAAAAACUGAAGGAUAAUAACAAUCAAUCUCGAGUAAUAGUCGAAACUAAAAUGCAGGAGAUACAAACACUUCAAGAAGAGAAACUUUCUCUCUUACAAAGUCUGAACGAUGAAACUACCAAGCUGGAAAAUGUUAUUACAAAUCUCAAAUCUGAAUUAGACGCGGAAAAGGCUUCAAAAGCAAAAAUGAGAGAAGAAUAUGACAAUCACAUCAUGAAGUUAAAUGAAAAAGUUCUCAAUAGGAAUAAUGAAUUGGUUGAACUGCAAAACGAUGUGUUUGAGAAGAGCGACAGAAUUGAAGCUCUGCAUUUAGAGCUGAGAAAAGAGAAACAAGCCAGAGAGCAACUCCUCGCGAAGUAUAACAAUGAAUGUGAGCAAAUCAAUGAAAAACUUGUUGAUGCAGAAAAUGUAUUGAAACUGAAAUGUGAAGAAAUUGAACGGUUGACAGACAGGCUGAAUUAUAGCUUCGACUUUAUCAGAGAAAUGGGUCGUGAGGUUGAUGAGUUGAAGCAUGCCGUGUCUGAGCAAACUGAAAAUUGCACUUUUCUUACAAACGGCAUAAAUUUAAUGACCGUUGAAAACAAAUCGCUGUAUAGUUCCUUACAGGAAACCAAAGUGGCUCACGAGGAAAUUGAAAUGGAAAGAAAUUCGCUACUCAAUUCAAUUGCAGUACUGAAACAACAAAACAAAAAACAAAUUUCGGAAUGGAAAGACAAACAAGAGGAAUUGGACAAAGUGAAAUUAGAAUUGACAGUUGUGAAGACACAAAAAGAGAAAAAUGAAGAAGCCAAUGCGCAAUUAUCUGCCGUUCUAUUGAAUAGCGUAGAUAAAGUAUUGGACAAAUUAAGGAGAGAUAACAUCUCUAAUGAAGUUUUGAAAGAGUUACUCCAUGUUGAUAGCACCGACAUAUUGUCUAUGGAAGAGAAGUGUGAUCUCAUCGUUAAGAUGGCUGAUACUCUGACAAUUCAGGGUCUGGGAGGCGUGGAUGGAGAGGAAUGUCUCAUGGAGCCACUCAAAGAUCUGGUUGCAGAGCUACGAUGUCAACACCCUUCUAUGGAUAAUCAGUUGAAUGCCGAUGGGGCAGAAACCAGCAUGACGUUAUUACCCCAUAACUUAUCCAUUUGUAUUGAAGCCUGUGCUAAUAUGGCGGCGGUGCAACUGUAUCAAGAAAAAUCCAAGAUUGCGGUUCUCCAACAGCAAAUUCAAUCCUUGCAGGAUCAACUCAGUGAUUUGACUCAGAAAAGUGAAUCUGAGAAGCAGAUUCUGGAAGAGAGAAACAUCGAAAUUAUCAAUCUAAAACAAAGAGUAAAUGAAGUGAUCAAGGAAAAUAAUGACAUGUUGACAAUGUUCAAUAAUGAAGUUCUCAGACUCAAAAAUGAAUUGGAAAAAGAAAAAGAAAAAUAUGAUUUAUUGAACAAGACCUUGAGUGAAGAAAAACACGCCAAAGAUAAACUUGUAAAAGAGAAAAACGAUUUGUCAGAGGAAAUUGAAUCUAUUAAACAAAAUCUCGAAGAUGUUAAUGUGGCAAAUGAUCAUCUCCAAAAGGAAAUAAAUCUUGUGUCUAUAGAAAAAAAGUCGCUUUUCACUUCAUUGCAAGAAACUAAAGCUGCCCAUGAGGAAAUUCUGGCGGAGAAGGAUACUUUAACGAAUUUAAUGGCAAAAUUAGAAGAACAAAUUGAAAAACAAUUACAGGAUAUUUCGGAUCUAAAACAAAGAAUGAAUGAAGAGAUCAAAGAAAGGAAUGACAUGGCAACAAAGUAUAAUAAUGAAAUGUGCAGACUCAAUAAUGAACUAGAAAAAGAAAAUGAAAAAUAUGAUACAUUAAACAAGACUCUCAAUGAAGAAAAACACGCUAAAGAUGAACUCCUGAAAGAGAAAAAUAAUUUGUCCGAGAAAAUUGAAUCCAUCAAACAAAAUCUCUAUGAAGCUAAAGUGGCAAAUGAUCACCUUCAAAAGGAAAUAAAUCUUGUAUCUAUAGAAAAACAGUCGCUUUUCACUUCCCUUCAAGAAACUAAAGCUGCAUAUGAAAAAAUAAUGACGGAAAAGGAAACCUUCUUGGAUUCAAUUGUAGAAUUAAAAGAACUCAAUGAAAAACAAUCAGUGGAAAAUUCCGAUCUGAAACAAAAAAUACAGGAAGAGAUCAAAGAAAAGAAUGACAUGUCGAUAAAAUUGCAUAAUGAAGUUCUUAGACUUACAAAGGAAUUAGAAAAAGAAAAUAAAAAAUAUAUUACACUGAACAAAACUUUGAGUGAAGAAAAACACGCUAAAGAUGAACUCUUAAAAGAGAAAGAUACUAUGUCUAUGGAAAUGGUUUCUACCAAACAAGAUUUAGAAGCGGCUAAAGUGGCAAGUGAUCAUCUACAAAAUGAAAUAAAUCUUAUUAGCAUAGAAAAAGAGUCGCUUCUCAAUUCUUUACAAGAAACGAAAGCCGCCUAUGAAGAAAUACUAAUGGAGAAGGUAGCUCUCUCUAUUUCAAUUGCAAAAAUAAAAGAACAAAAUGAGCAUCAAAUACAAGAAAUCGUAAAAGAGAAAGGUGACUUGUCUGAUAAAAUGGAAUCUGUUAAACAAGAUCUAGAAGAAGCUAGAGUAACAAAUGAACAUCUUCGACAUGAAAUAAAUCUUAUGUCUACAGAAAAACAGUCGCUUUUCACUUCUUUACAAGAAACUAAAGCUACCCAUGAUGAUGUAUUGAAAGAAAAGGAAAGUCUGUCGAAUUCAAUUGCAAAAUUAAAAGAACAAAACGAACAACAGUUAGUAGAAAUCGUAAAAGAGAAAGAUGGUUUGUAUUUAGAAAUUGAAUCUAUGAAACAAAAUCUAGAAGAAGCUAAAGUGACAAGUGAUCAUCUACGAAAUGAAAUAAAUCUCAAUACAAUAGAAAAAGAGUCGCUUCUCAAUUCUUUACAAGAAACGAAAGCCGCCUAUGAAGAAAUACUGACAGAGAAAGAAACCAUCCUGAAUAUAAAUGCAAAAAUAGAAGAACAGAAUGUAAAACAAUCGUUGGAAAUUUCCGAUCUGAAACUAAAAAUUAAUGAAGAAAUCAAAGAAAAGAAUGACUUGUCAACAAAGUAUAACAAUGAUGUGCUGAGACUCAAUAAUGAAUUAAGUGAAGAAAAACUAGCUAAAGAUGAACUCGUAAAAGAGAAAGAUAUUUUGUCUUCAGAAAUAAAAGCUGUCAAACAAGAUCUAGAAGAAUCCAAAAUGGCAAAUGAUCACCUUCGAAAGGAAACGAAUCUCAUUAAUAUAGAAAAAGAGGCGCUUCUCAAUUCUUUACAAGAAACUAAAGCAGUCUAUGAAGAAAUACAGACAGAGAAAGAACAAAAACUAGAAGAAAUCAUAAAAGAGAAAGAUAACUUAUCUGUGACAAUUGAAAUUGUCAAACAAGAUUUAGAAGAAGCUAAAGCGGCAACUGAUCAUCUUCGAAAUGAAAUAAAUCUUAUUAAUAUAGAAAAAGAGUCUCUUCUUAAUUCGUUACAGGAAACUAAAGCUGCCCACGAAGAAAUACUGACGGAGAAAGAAAUUCUCGAGAAUUCAGUAGUAAAGAUAAAAGAACAAAAUGAAAAACAGUUAGUGCAACUAAAAGAAAAACUUGACAAAAUUAAUACAGAGUUUGCAAAUGUAAAGACAGAAAAAGACAGAUAUGAAGAAAUGCAUGACCAGAUGUCAACCAUCCUACUGAAUGGCGUUGACAAAUUACUAAAUAAUCUCAGAAAAGAAAAUGUCACUAAUGAAACUCUUAAAAAGCUGAUAAGCGUGGAAUCUGCUGCAUUAAGCAUGAACGAAAGGUGUAAUCUUGCUAUAAAUUUAGCGGAAACUUUAACAACUGAACUGGCUCUGAGAAAGAAUCUAGAAAUGGCUCUAGAGCAUGAAAACACGGCGUUGAGUGAAAUGAGACAGAUGUUGGGUCAGAAGGACAUUAAAGUGCUGGAGUUGCAGACGGAAGUCAACAGACUGCAGCAGGUCAUCAAUGAUAACAAAAUUGAAAUGUCAAAGCAGAAAGAGUUAUACGUCACCUCUAUAGACACAAGAAACAGAGACAUACAGACACUAGAAAAAGAAAACGAGUCGCUCUCAAACGAACUCAACGACGUGAAAACGCAGCUGGAAAUAAAAGUACAUUCUCUGAAAGAGAAAUUAAUUGACAACGAACAUUUAACCGAUAAGCUGAAGAAAACUUACGAGUGUCAGAUUGAGAAUUUAAACGUUAUGGUGGCAAAAUUGACGAACUAUUUGAAGGACAAGACGAUCGAGUUGGAAGCGUUGCGAAAGGAUAAAGAGAAAUUGCAAGAAGCAGUUAAUGAUAACAGCAAAGUUGUAAAAUCGCUCGAGGAGGAAGUUAAAGUUCAAAAACAUAAUCAAGAAAAAUUACUUGGAGAAUUUGAAUCGGAAAGACUAGUUCUCAAAAACAUGGUCACUGUCACCGAGUCAGUCAUGGAAGACCAGAAACUUAGCUUGAGCAAUGUUAUUGCUGAACAUGUUAAAGUUAAUGACACGUUAAAAGAAGAAAACAAAGCAUUAAAAGAAGAAUUAGAAUCUAAAAUAAAGAAUACUGAAGUAAAACUUCAAGAAAAGGAGACUUUAUUCGAAAAUGCUCUAAAAGAGUUGACAGUAAUGAAAAUUGCGAAAGAGAGUAAUAAAAAAGAAUUUGAACAUGCAAAGGAUCAGUUAGUAAAUGAAAUCACAGCGUUGAAAAAAGAGCUAACUUUGAAAGUAUCUCAAGUAGAAAUAUUGGAAUUGAAAAACAAGGAAAUGACUCAAGUUGUGGAACAAUGUAAAAGUGAAAUUGAUAACAUGAAAAAAGACAAUGACGAAUUAAAAAUUAAAAUGGACUUGCAACAAACAGAAAUGACGAAUAAAGUUGACAAAUUAACUAAAACAAAUGACGAACAAACUGAACUCAACAAGAAACUCGAACAAGAGGUUGAAGAAGAACGUCAAAAAAAUAUAGCAGCAGAAGAAAGGGUUAAAGAGCUGUCUGAUCAACUAAAUGAACUUACUGUCACUAACGACAAUCUAAGACGAGAAAAAAUGUAUUAUCUCAACAAAGCAGAAGAAUUGAAAACUGAAUUCGAUACAGUUGCAGAUUCGUUGAAUGAGGAAAUUAAAAAAUUACGUGUUGAAAAUACAAACUUGAAGAAAACUGUGGAAGAAAAUCAAAUCGUGAUCACAAGACUAGAACAGUCAGUACAGCUAGAGAAAGAACAAAACAAUGAAUUACGACUGGGCAAUGACAACGAAAGGCUAAAUUUAGAUAACAAGUGCUCACUACUACAAGAAUAUCAACUGAAAGCAGAAAGGCAGAUGGAAGACCAACAAAAAGACAUCGACCUGUUGCACAAAGAAAUUAACACGUUAAAAACUAUCGCAGAACUACAAGAAAACGACUUGAAAGAGAAAUGUGACAUAAUUCAAGAAAAGGAUGAACAAAUAAACAACAUCAAUAAAGAUUUGGUCGAAAUGAAAGCCGCUAAAGAAAAAAAUCAAGCAGAAUUGGAAUCCAAAAUUACUGAAGUUAAUUACUUGAAGCAGAAGAUGACUAACGAUGAUGUUCAAAGGGCUUUGAGAAGCGAGGAGUGGGUCAAAGCUAUAGGACAGAAAGACACGUUUGCCGUUGCCGUUUCUGAAAAGACCGGAAGUCAUAAAAACUCAUGUAAUAUCGAAAAGGAUUACCGCGAGUUCCACCACCAGGUAGAUAACACCACCUCUGACCUUACUCACUCAUCAAUGGAGAGCAUUAAGACCAUUUCAGAUUUAGAAAGGAUCAUUCACGACAAGAACAGGACUAUCACCGCCCUCCAGAGCGACAUAACAUACCUCAAGUCGCUCAUCGCAGACUCGGAGAACAAACUAUUGGACGUCACCAAAGAACUAGAAGUCAGCAAGGAGAACUGUCAGCAGUUGUCAGGGCAGCUCAAGAAAAUAGUCCACCAGAAGAAUGAGGAAAUCGCCGAACUCAAAAAGCAAUUGAACAAAAUGAGCGUCACAGAGAACAGAGCCAGUCAGAUCAUCAAAGUGUCGGCGAAGUACCAGGCGAUCAUACUCAAGAGGAUCGCCGAGAUCAAGUCCAAUACCGUAUUGAAAGAGUUGACCAACUUCGGCAACUCCGCGAACGGCGACAACGAGCUUCGGCGAAGCUUAAACGCGGGCACCGUCACUAUGGAAGACCUCGAGAAUUUCUUGGAGACCACGGACAAGCAUCUGAAACGGUGCUCCGAGAAGCAGAUCGCCCUACAAAAGGAGAGGGACAGGUUGACCGAAGUGAACCGAAUAAACGAGUCGGAGAUAAUCAACUUGAAGAAGUUUUUGACGGAGCUGUCGGUGAGCUUCAAGACGUUCAGCACAGUGAAGGAACUGUACGCGCAGAAGUUCAGUCGGGUCGUGUCGGUGCAGCGGACGGCGAGGCGAGAGGUCCUGAGUCUGGAGGGGCAGAUAAACGACGCGACCAUGUGCAAGCUGGAGAGAGCCUACGCGGCGGCCAUGCAGGACCUGGCCGAGUGCGCCAUGAAUAUGGAGCGCUGGGUGGAGCGGUGCAUCGGCCGCACGAUCUCGCCCGAGAAGAUCAAGCAGGCGUUCACCAACGACGAAGACCGCGCGUCCUUCGCGUCGACGACCUUCCAGAACGCCGGCUUGGAAGUGCAACUGGAGGAGCUAGAGAGCUCCUUCCAGAAGCUUCUCGAAGAAGUGGUCCGCGCGCAGAAGGGCGAAGGCUCGCGCGACGCGCAGGCGGCCACGGUUCUGGCGGUGCGUGCGGAGUACGAGGACAAACUCAACCGAAUGAAGGCUAAAAUGAAACAACUGUACCAGGAGCAAAUCGCGGUUUAUAAGGAGAAGCAGCGGGAGGAGGUGAUGAUGCUUGAGCGAGAGUUGGUCAAAACUCGGGAGAAACUCGCCGAGUCGAGCAAGGCGUAUGAGGAGCAUAUUCGCGCGCUGACGACGGAGCUCUGGAGUGUUGGGGAGAAGUUCCUCACGAAGAAGGACGAGGCGGACUGGCUGAGGAAGAAACAGCGGUCCGGCUCGCUCAUGUCGCUGCAGCACGUGCAUUCGUCCGGGCUAGUGCCGGCGCCCCCUGAGCCAUCGCGGCCGUCGGACACACACUCCCUUCGUUCUUUGCCCGUCCACAACAACACGAAUACCAACAAGCGAGACAAAGAAGGCCGCGGCCUUCACAUGUCAGACGAGGAGGGGGAGGUGUUCGACAACCGCUGGCUCAAGGAGCUCGCCUCCACCCCCCGCGCGUCACCCCCGCGCGACCCCCGCCGCCUGUCCGAGCUGCGCUGGCGCAACUCGCUGUGCCCGCCGCAUCUCAAAAGCUCCUACCCCGCCGAGACUCAGUUCCAGCCCGUGGCUGACGAGGAGGACAUCAAGUUCAGCCUGGGCAACAUGAGCUCGCUGGGGCGGCAGCACCGCAAGGAGGUUGGCAUCACCGCCUACAAGAAGCCGGGCCCGCCCACGCCCAGCAAGAACGCGGGAAGGCUCUCCGCCACGGAUUCCGAGUUGCGCGUGGAAGCCGAGCCGCAGCCCUCCCGCAAGACAAGCACUCCGUCGCGGCUUCGCUCGCUUUUCCGCUCCAAUAAAAACGACACCGCCGAAGGCACACCUCGCAGCAGGAGAUUAAGUAUUUUCCGGAAAAAGUAAAGGAUAAAAUAGUAAUAUGAUGUUAACAAAAUUAUUAAAUACAUCCAUUAAUUUAUUCUUUUAAA